AAUCGGGAGAUGUUCCCGGGAAGGUACUGCCCCUCCACGGAGGCGGCUUCCCCCCGCCCCCGGCUCGGUGUAGGGGGUGGGGGUGGGGGGCAAGCAAUUGGGAUGGAGGGGGCGCUGGACAACGGCGACUUUCCUCCCCCUACCGCCUGCGCCUCGUCCGGCCUCGCCGGAGCCAGCGCCCCGGUUUUCCCCAGUCCCUGGCUGGCGGCCCACUCUCCCGGCCUCUUCCCUGUUUACCCUCCGCCGCCUCGCCCCAGAGCCACCGAAGCGAGCUAUUGCCGCCCCCGCCCCGUGGUUGGCACCUCUGUCCGGGCCCGCUCCCCUGCGAGGCUCCGGGGCCGGAGAAGGGAGGAGGGAGUUCCAGGUACUACGCCGGGCCGACAGGAGGCAGAAGCUUCAACGACUACCUGUGCGCUUCCCCUCCGGCCGGCAGCUCCCCGGGGCUGUGCCCGGCGGCGGGCAGCGCAGCCGAGGGGAGCGGAGCGGCCAACAAGAGGGUCAGCGAGCCGGGUGAACGGGCGCCUGGGUCGACCCAGUCCAGCCGCAAGAAACGCUGCCCCUACUCAAAAUACUAGACUCUGGAGCUGGAGACGCAGUUUCUUUGCGGAGCGUAUUUAACGCGGGACCAGCGGCACGAGGUCGCCCAGCUCUCAAACCUGACCGAGGGGCAGGUCAAAAUCUGGUUCCAAAACCGCAGGAUGAAGAGGAAGAAGGCGAACAAAGAGAAGACCGACCACCGGGGGGGUGGUGUUGGUGGUGGUGUAGAAAUGAGAGACAAACACAGAAAACAGAGAGAGAGAGAAAUCACACAGUCAACUUGAAACGUGCGAACUAUGUGUAUAAAGGCGAAAAAGAGGGGAGGUGAACGGGAGGAGAGAAUCUUGAACAGAGAUUUAUAACAACAGCAGCAAAAUAAACUCCAACAUGAGCCUUCCUGGCUUUUUAUUUUUUCUAAAGAAGCAUUAAAUCCUCAACCUGCGGGACUUGCGCUGACGUUUCUUUCCAGUUUUGCUUCCAGGGAGAAGGAGCAAAAUUACCUCCUCUGGCGCUAACUGAGCUUAGGACAAUGUAAAAACUUCUGGCGAAAAAAACUAAGUUAUUUGAGUUUGUACUGUUGGACGGCAUGGGACGAGAGAUGUGCAUUUGCAACGGUGUUCGGGGGUGUUAAGUUAUGUCCAAUUCGUGUACAGUAAAUGUUCUGUGUGACAUGCGUUUUCCUAACUUAGUUUCGUGCGAUUUAUAUUCGUGAAGGAAAACAAAUGGUUUGUGUGUGCGGGCGUGUGUGUGUGUGUUUACGAGAUAGUGCGUUCUUUUUUAAGACAGAGAGACAGAAAAAUUAAGAUCUCGUUUAGGUUCCAUUCCGAGAGUGUUAUUUUAAAACAGCAGGUAACAGAAUAAAGUAAAUGAUAACGGCCCGGUCGCCAAUCUUGAUGUAAAAU